CCCUCCCGGCCCGGGUUGGCAGGCGCGCCCUCUUCGAGGCGGAGCUUGGGUACCCCGCCCCUAAUCUUAGGAAGUGGACCCCGCCCCGCCCUCCGCACCACGUGGGCCAGGCGCCCCGCAGCCUGAUCCCUCGAUUGAGGCAGGGUCAGAGGCUAAGGGUGACCGACUACCCAGCGCCGGGUUCUCUGCAGCGUGGCUCGACUUUCGGGCGGCUGGCGAGGAUGCUAAUCCACAGGGUUCCUGAGUCCAACAUCCCUCCCUCCACUGUGAGGCUCGAAUCCGCUAUUUCAAACAAAUCUGGGUUCUGCCCUGAGGGUGGCGCAAUGACAGGAGCCACCAGGUGACCCUGGUAACUCAUGCACCUAGUUGUGGCCUUCUUGGUGGCAUUCAAUCAGAACAAGGCCCUCAUCGGUGACCAGGGUCUGCUGCCCUGCAGACUGUACCUGAAGAAUGUCCAGCAGUACUUCCAGGGCAGGAUCGACUGGGGUGCCUGGAGCUAUGCUCCGACCAUCAUGUGGCUGUUGGACUGGUCAAACAUGAACUUCAACCUGGACCUUCUUGCUCUUCUCGGGCUGGGCCUCUCAUCCUUUGUUCUGGUGACUGGCUGUGCCAACAUGGUGCUCAUGGCUACUCUCUGGGCCCUCUACAUGUCCCUGGUCAACGUAGGGCAGAUCUGGUAUUCUUUUGGAUGGGAGUCACAGCUGCUGGAAACAGGAUUCCUGGGAAUCUUUCUGUGCCCUCUCUGGACGCUGUCCCGCCUCCCUAAGCACACCCCCACAUCCCGAAUUGUCCUGUGGGGCUUCCGCUGGCUGAUCUUCAGGAUCAUGCUUGGAGCGGGCCUAAUCAAGAUCCGUGGGGACAAGUGCUGGUUGGACCUGACCUGCAUGGACUUCCACUAUGAGACUCAGCCAGUGCCCAACCCGAUGGCCUACUACCUGCACAGGUCACCCUGGUGGUUCCAUCACUUUGAGACACUCAGCAACCACUUCCUAGAACUCCUCGUACCUUUCUUCCUGUUCCUGGGGCGCCGGAUGUGCAUUCUUCACGGGGUGCUGCAGAUCCUUUUCCAGGUAAUCCUCAUCAUCAGUGGGAACCUGAGCUUCCUGAACUGGCUCACCAUCGUGCCCAGCCUUGCCUGUUUCGACGAUGCAGCUUUGGGAUUCCUGUUUCCCUCAGGACCUCGAGGCCUAAAGAACCAAGUCCUGGAGAUGCAAAGGAAAGAUAUACAAGGGGUCCAGACAAAACCAAGAUAUGGCUGCAUGGUGCGGCGAGUGGUCAACAUCUCCCUGGGCAUCCUGGUGGCCUGGCUCAGCGUCCCUGUGGUUAUCAACCUCCUAAGCUCCAGACAGGUCAUGAACACCUCCUUCAACCCACUCAGGAUUGUCAACACCUACGGGGCAUUUGGAAGUAUCACCAAGGAACGGACUGAGGUGAUCCUGCAGGGCACAGCUAGUCCUAACGCCAGUGCGCCUGAUGCUGUAUGGGAAGAUUAUGAAUUCAAGUGCAAACCAGGCGACCCCUGGAGGCGGCCGUGCCUUAUCUCUCCAUACCACUACCGCCUGGACUGGCUAAUGUGGUUUGCAGCUUUUCAGACCUAUGAACAGAACGAGUGGAUCAUCCACCUGGCGGGUAAGCUUCUGGCUGGUGACUCCGAGGCCCUGUCCCUCAUCGCCCUCAACCCCUUUGAGGGCAGGGCACCCCCCAGGUGGAUCCGAGGAGAACACUACCGUUACCGGUUCAGCCUCCCCAGUGGCAAGCACGCUGCCCAGGGCAAGUGGUGGAUACGCAAGCGCAUUGGUCCCUACUUCCCCCCACUCCGGCUUAAGGAUUUGAAGGACUACUUUAGGACUCGGGAGUGGCCGCUGCCGAAACCCCGUCUAAACACACCCUGAAAUAAAGACCAGAGACUAAC